CCUAAUGGGCACUUCCCAGUGGUGCUCAGACUUUGGGGUUUCAACAUAAUAGCAAAAUUUCAAAGAAAAUUUUGAGAACACCAAAAGGUUAUUAACUUUGUAUUUUUUUUAAGUUAGGAUAUAAAAAAUCCUACCAUCUACUAUCAUUAUCAUUUAAAGAAAGUAAAGAACAUUUUAAUACCUUCUCAGGUGGUAGGUACACCGAUGUUUAUUGUAUUAUUCUCAGUACCUUGAUACAUUUUAUAUUUCUUAACUAUUUCAUAAGCAAUGUUUUAAAAUUAAUGACAUUGUUCUUAUCUCAAGUGGGAAGAAAUGUUACCACGCAGUAGCUCAGGGUCUUCAGACCUACAUUUGGGAACCAGGUUGGUAUAGGUUCAUGGCUCCUAUUAGGCUUUCCUUCUCUCUUUCAGGGUCUAGGUGUAAAUGUAAUGAUGCUGGAAUGAGGUGCAGAUAGAAGCCUAGACAUUCCAUUUUACCUCUUUUUCAGGGAUAGCAUGUGGCUAGUGCAAGUAUUUUACUCUGAAGAGGAUCUUGAGAAAUACUAUGCUCUAAUUUUUCUCAAAUUUGCAUGAACAUAAGAAUCACCUAAUGCUGAUAAAAAAUACAGAUUUCUGGCCCUCACUCCCUUGCUGUUCAGAAUCUCCAGCUUCCUUACAGAAACCAGAAAUGGAGACAGAGCUCAAGGGGUCUUUCAUGGAGCUGAGGAAGGCUCUCUUUCAGCUGAAUACAAAGGAUGCCUCCUUGCUGUCCACGGCUCAGGCUCUUCUCCGUUGGCAUGACGGUCAUCAGUUCUGUAGCAGAAGUGGGCAGCCCACCAAGAAGAAUAUGGCUGGCAGCAAGCGUGUAUGCCCUUCCAAUAAGAUUAUCUAUUAUCCACAGAUGGCUCCUGUGGUGAUCACUCUGGUGUCAGAUGGGACUCGAUGCCUGCUUGCCCGCCAGAGUUCCUUUCCCAAGGGAAUGUAUUCUGCCUUGGCAGGUUUUUGUGAUAUAGGUGAAAGCCUGGAAGAGGCUGUCCGGAGAGAAGUUGCAGAAGAGGUGGGAUUGGAGGUGGAAAGACUACAGUACUCUAUAUCCCAGCACUGGCCCUUUCCUAAUAGCUCACUCAUGAUUGCUUGUCAUGCAACUGUGAAAUCAGGGCAGACAGAGAUCCAGGUGAACUUGAGAGAACUAGAGGCAGCUGGCUGGUUCAGUCAUGAUGAGGUGGCCACAGCCCUGAGGAGAAAUAAUCCAUACACCCAGCAACAGAAUGGGACAUUCUGGUUGCCCCCCAAGUUAGCCAUUGCCCACCAACUGAUUGAGGAGUGGGUAGAAAAGCCAAACUGUUCUACCCUGCCUGCUUAACUCAGGUUGAGACAUCUAGAUCCUUUCUCAGUAUCUUGGAGGGGCAUAAGAGAGAUCAGUUGAUAAAGGGGAGGUGAUAAAAGGCCAUCUCCAGGACAACUUCAUAAUAAGGCAGAGUAGAAGGUAAUCCUACAGUGGGCUGCCUCUAACAGCAGUGUUAAGGAAGUUCUUCUUCAAAAGCAAUCAAAAAUGCCAAACUGAUAUGAUGACGAUUGUCAAAAUCAGAGGGAAAGUUGAAGCAUUAGUUUGGAUAUAGGCCUUUGUUCAGCAAUUUUCACUGAGGCCUUGGAAACGUCUCUUCAGCAGGUAUCUUGUUAAUGCUGGAUUUAUACUAACUGCCAAAAUGUGCCUGAUAGAAUUUUAUCUUCCUAUUGAAAGUAUACAGCAAACCUCAACCCACUCCUGACUUUUAAUCCUCACAGAAUUAAGAAAAAUAGCACAACCCAGUAUUUAAAUAAAAGCCAUAUUCAAGUCAUCUGAAGGGUUGAGGAAAGUGGGAGCCAAGGUCUUCCUCAGGGUACUCUGUAAUAAAUCAGAUGCAGUGAUGUUUUGCUGAGGUAACUGCACCCCAGUGGGGUUUAUGAUAGUUAAGUCUUUUGCAGUUAACUUGCUCAACUUGUGACCCAAGGAAAAGAUGAUCACUUUGCCAUAUCUGACUUCCUAAAUGCACAACAGUCACUGCCAUUUGCAUACCCAGUUAAGUGUUGUAACUUCACUAAGGGAUUAGUGAGGAUGAACCAUUUCUUGAGCUUUAUCAGAUAAACUAAUGUAGGAUUUCUCAUCAUUCAUGUGUCAUUCUACACCUCAUCAUAGAAGAGAAGAAUUUAUCUGGAGGAAAUAAAGUAAAUUUCCACACCUUU